AUGUUCAGAUGGUGUAUUUGGGACCGUGGUGGGUGCAGACGCGGAAACGUCUCGACAACGGUCGGUUUUACCAUCACAUUUCGCCACAUCGACGCCGUUUCCCUAGAUUUUAGCAUGCUACGUGUUGUGAUUCUAGCCGCGUUUGCUGGGUUGGCCGUGAUUGCUGAGGAGCAGAUCCCUUGCGGGCUGCCCCCAUUUGCUGCCAAACUUCCGAAGAAGCAGGGAGCUGAAGUGAACAGCACAUGGGAAAAAUACACUGAUGGCCCCUGUGAUGAACUACAAGAGAAGACCUUUGCCAUUUUGGAUACGUUGAGCCCGGAAGAGCGUACGGCCGUUUUUGGAGCUCCCCCAGCUGCCGCCGACGCUUUUGAGGACGGAGCCCCGCUGUUCAUCCGCAUGAUGAGCGCCGAGAACAAAAAGGCGUUUGAUGAUAUCUGGCUGAACAACGGCAUCGAGGAUGAGGUCAAGCACAAGAAGGUCGCCGAGUUUGCCAAACAAAACUUCAAGGGAGACCAGCUUGCCAACUUCAACACUUGGUUUGACGAGGUCCGCCGCCACAAGGCUGCCGUUGACGAGCGCAUCUCCAAGCUGAGCAAGAAGGCCAAGUCGACUUUGAAGAAGAUCAUCAAGAUCCGUGCCCAGGAGCAAGAAAUCAUGUCGAAGAUGAGCACGGAGGUCGCCCGAGAACUUCAUGGACUAAUU